AUGGUGGAGGAUGUCAUUGAUAGUUUGGAGAAUAUGCGGUUAACAGCGGAUGAAGAAGAUGUUAUUGCUAUUCCUGAUGAAGAACGUAUGGCAGAAAUAGAGAUUUGCACUUUGAGUCUUAUUGGUAAGUUUCUCACUUGUAAGCCCUUCAAUAAGAGGGCGGCAAAGAAUACUAUUCGGAGAGCAUGGGGGUUAGAUAAGGAUUUGCAAAUUGUAGAUGUGGGAUCAAAUCUAUUCCAGUUCAAAUUUCAAACCGAGUUUGAUUUGAAACGGAUCCUUAAGGGAGGGCCUUGGACCUUUGAUAAUCAGUUGCUUAUGUUGAAAAAAUGGCAGAAGGGUAUGAGUGCCAGUAAUGUAAAGCUUGAACAUGCUUCCUUGUGGGUUCAGAUCUGGGGGGCUCCAUUUGACAUGUCAUCUCCUCAGGUUGUAGCAUUGGUAGGAAGUAAAUUGGGAAUGCUGGAGGAAGUUGAGAAACGAAGUAGGCAGGAUGAUUAA